AUGUCCGUCCGCGCCGGACGUAGUCGCGCCGCCGCCCGCAGCCAGUGGCAUGCCGCCACAUGGCAGCCGCCGCCGCCCGCCGCCCGCAGGCCCGCUCGGCCCAUCCCUCCGCCGCCGCGGCCGCCUCCCUUGCGCCCCGCGCCGCCUCCCACCGGCGUCGCUCCUUCGUCGGCGCUCGCCUCCGCCGCCGCCCCGCCGUCGCCGGCCACCUCGCCGUCCGGCACCGGCGACCUCCGUCGCCUCGCCCUCGGCCACCCCCGCCGACCCCGAGCUCCUCCGCCUCCCGCUCCAAACUUCCCCUCCGCACCACCGGACGUAGUCGCGCCGCCGCCCGCAGCCAGUGGCACGCCGCCACGUGGCAACCGCCGCCGCCCGCCGCCCGCAGGCCCGCUCGGCCCGCAACCGGCCCCCGAGGCCCAUCCCUCCGCCGCCGCGGCCGCCUCCCGUCUCCCGCGCGCCCCGUGCCGCCUCCCACGGGUGUCGCUCCUUCGUCGGCGCUCGCCUCCGCCGCUGCCCCGCCGUCGCCGGCCACCUCGCCGUCCGGCGCCGGCGACCUCCGCCGCCUCGCCCUCGGCCACCCCCGCCGACCCCGAGUUCCUCCGCCUCCCGCUCGCUAGCCGCCUUCUUCGCCGCCUGCCGGAGCUCCACCGGCGCCCGAGCUUGCCGCCCUCCACGCCGUGUGCCGCCGUCCUCCGCCGCCGCCGCCGCCCCAUCGCCGGAUCCGCGCCGCCCCUCGCCUCCUCCACCAGAUCUGCACCGCCCCGUACCCCGAUCCAAACGGCCCGCCUGCACCGCCCCGUCCCCGAACCUCUCCGUCCAACUUUCUUCGGGGUGAGAAUUUCACCAAGUCCCAGCAUUCAUACAUCAUGUGCAUAUCUUUGA